AUGAAAAAUGUCAUGAUUGUUUAAGGCUGUGUACGUUUAAGGCUGUGUACGUUUAAGGCAAGAGUUCUCUGUGACCUUGUGGUUGUAUAUACUGGUGUUAAUGGUGUUGUUCUCUUGAGUUAAUGGUGUUGUUCUCUUGUGGUUGUAUAUACUGUCGUAUGUUGCCUUGCUCUGUGAUGCCUUGUGUUUGUAUAUGAUGUUUAAGACAAAUGUGAUGCCUUGUGAUUGUAUAUAAUGUCGUGUGUUGCCUUGCUCUGUACUUACGUUCUCUCACUGUUUCUAUAGCCAAUGAUCUGAUGCCUUGUCGUGUGUAUCUUUGUCGCCUGUUGCUCAUUAACUGUGUAUGUGUUUGUGUAGUAGGAUGGAUGAAUCAAGGGAGCUGAUCAAGAUACAGGAACAAGAUUCUUCAAUGAAGAGGACUACAAUUGCCUUUGAGGUGUUGUCACUUUCUUGCAACUCACGGGCUUGUCACUUUCUCUCAUGAUCCCUACACAACUUGUAUGCAUCAGUCACGGGAGUGGGAGUGGAAACCUUGUCGUAUGCAACAGUCCUUGCAUACUCUUGUCGUAUAAUUUAGUCACGGGAGUGGGAGUGGAAAACUUUGUGUUGUCUUGUAUUGAAACUCACGGGUUUAUUUUAGUCUUGUCUUGUAUUGAAAUAUUGUAAUGUUAUUUUUUCAUAACUUUGUGUUCUCAAAUUCUAUAUAAAGAACGGACAACAUCUAUUAUCACCUUCUCAUAUUCUUCUCUCGUUCUCAAAAAAAAUUCUAUCACCCCUUCUCAUUUUCUAUAUUUUCUUUUCUAAACAAGGCUCAUCUCAUGGCCUCUUCUUCUGAAAACACACUUGAUGACGCAUUUGAUGACGCUUUUGAUCAAUUUUUUGAUCAAGCUUUCGAGAAUUUUGCCAUUACUUAUGGUAAUCAAGAAGAAAAAAAGAAAAAAACGAAUUUAUAUCGAACGAAACCGAGAAGAAGGCAAUGUACGUUUAUGGAAUGAUUAUUUCAGUGAUACACCAACAUAUCCUGAAAAUCUUUUCCGACGACGAUUUAGAAUGAACAAGCCAUUGUUCAUGCAUAUUGUUGAUCGACUCUCCAAUGAAGUUGAAUUCUUUCAACAAAAGAGAGAUGCUCUCAGAAGGCUUAGUCUCUCUCCACUUCAGAAGUAUACCGCAGCUAUUCGGGUCUUGGCAUAUGGUUCUGCGGCUGAUGCUGUUGACGAAUACCUCCGACUCGGUGAAACUACUACUCGGUCAUGUGUGGAACAUUUUGUGGAAGGAAUAAUAUAUUUAUUCGGUGAGGAGUACCUAAGAAGACCAACACCGGCUGAUCUUCAACGUCUACUUGAUAUUGGUGAGGUUCGUGGAUUUCCCGGGAUGAUAGGAAGCAUCGAUUGUAUGCAUUGGGAGUGGAAGAAUUGUCCCACCGCUUGGAAAGGGCAAUAUUCACGUGGUUCGGGAAAACCCACAAUCGUUCUGGAGGCGGUUGCUUCGUAUGAUCUAUGGAUAUGGCAUGCAUUUUUUGGACCUCCAGGUACCUUAAAUGAUAUCAAUGUUCUUGAUCGCUCACCUGUUUUUGAUGACAUAAUAAAAGGUCAAGCUCCGCAAGUCACUUUCUUUGUCAAUGGAAGAGAGUAUCAUUUGGCUUACUAUCUCACCGACGGUAUUUAUCUGAAAUGGACAACUUUUAUCCAAUCUAUUCCAAUGCCACAAGGGCCGAAAGCGGUUUUAUUUGCGCAACAUCAAGAAGCCGUCAGAAAAGAUGUCGAGCGGGCUUUUGGAGUCUUGCAAGCUCACUUUGCCAUUGUUAAAAACCCUGCACUUUUUUGGGAUAAAACAAAAAUUGGGAAGAUUAUGAGAGCAUGUAUCAUACUCCAUAAUAUGAUAGUAGAAAACGAACGAGAUGGAUAUACUCAAUUUGAUGUUUCAGAGUUCCAACAAGGAGAAGACACCGGAAGUUCAUAUGUCGAUCUCAAUUUUUCUACAGAUAUGCUAACAAAUAUCGCCAAUAUGAUGAGUGUUCGAACUACAAUUCGUGAUAGACAAAUGCAUCAACAACUCAAAGCUGAUUUAGUUGAACAUUUAUGGCGUAAAUUUGGACGUGAUGAAGACAACAACUGAGUUCGAAAUGUUUAUUUCUAAUUAUUCUCGUUUAUUUUAUUAAUCCUUGUUUUUUUUAAUUUUAAUAACUAUGUUUGAUGUGUUAUCUUUUAAUAUGUUUUAUUUAAUAAAUAAAAUUUAUCUUUUA